AUGGCUGAAACAACUGAACAAGCCCAAACCAUCCACGGAUCCUGUCUCUGCGGGACAGUCAAGUACCAUGCCACUCGGGAACCAAUUCUCAGAAUACUCUGCUACUGCCAGAACUGUCGGAAGUUUACGGGUUCGCUGGGAAUGGCUAAUAGCAUAUAUCGCAGAGAAAACAUAACCAUAGCCCAAGGUCACGACACCCUUCGCACUUACAAGGAUAGCGCAACCCAUAAUGGCUCCACGGUUGAGCGAUUAUUCUGCGGGAAUUGCGGGUCGAAUCUCUUCUGCGAAAACAAGGAAAAGGCUCCGGAUCUCUUUAUCGUGGCGUCGGGCACGAUGGAUUUGGAAGCUGGGCAGACUUGGGUGCCGGUGGUAGAAUUUUACUGCAAGGACAAGCGGGCUUGGCUGGACACGAAUGCGGAGACGAAGAAAUAUGAGGAACUUCCGAAGACGUUUGACAAUAUCUGA